AUGAAGAGCGCCAUCUCUCCCGACAUUUGGGAGAACAAGCGAAUGCUCAUCACCAAACUCUACAAAGACGAAGAAUGGCCCCUCAAGCAAGUCAUCAAGCUCGUCCAGACCAACGAUUUCCAUCCCAGCGAAUCCCAACUGCGCAGCCGGUUAAAAAAAUGGCACAUCACCAAACCUUCGCGCAAGAAGUACGAUGGCAGCCGCCGACUCUCCGGCUCAAAGAAGAAUGCCAUGGCCAGCCAGAAGCGCCAGUCAGAAUCCCAGUCCUCUCUCCCUCCCUCUGCCACAUACAACACUCUCCAAUCACAUCCGCUACAACAUGGUGAGGAGAGCGACGAGGCCCGAAGCGAAACAUCGCAACCAUCAGUCUCGAUCAGCGGAAUGUCAACAUCGCCGACCGGGCAGUACAUCCUCCCUUCAAGUCCCAUCCACGACGAGGCUCUGUACGGGCCAAAUCCAGCCAUGGCUCCCUCCUCCCCAAUCACGCCGGCGUUUUACGGGAUGGACGAGUCCAAGCGAGCAAGCGAUGCAGGCCAUCCAAUCUACUUUAGCCCGCCCGACAUGCAUUCCGAGUACCCCGUCCCCAACAGCAUUCAAGCACACUAUGCACAGCACGGCCACUUUGGCUCCUUCUCCGAACCAAGUCCUCUGAUGGGCGACUCACUGGGCUACCAGGGCGUGCCGUACAUGUCCCAGCACACCAAGCAACCGCAACACCCGGAUGGACCCUUUGUCCUGGCAGAUCUGCCCCCUCCCCUGCUGGAUGGGUCGCAUAUAGCACCGUGGGCCUACGACUACCACCAGCCACCCUCGCCGACCAGCGUCUACCCACAUGUACACCCUCACAGUCACUCACACUCACAUCCGUACUUCCACGAGACGCCCAUAUACCAGAUCAUGUAG